AUGGCCCAUACCCUUCCCGUUCCCUGCCCGGUCAAACUCGGGACGGUGAAACUCGAGAGCCCCGAGGCUCGUCUGCACGACUACGUCAAGCAAGGCAACUACGUCAAAGUGAAGAAGCUGCUGAAAAAAGGAAUCUCCACCCAGUCGGUCAACUCCUUAGGACAGACUCCGCUCUUCACCGCCGCCUUGCUCGGACUGGGGAAACUGGUGGACAUCCUCCUGGAUUAUGGGUCGGACCCAAACCACCGCUGUUACGACGGGAGCACCCCUGUCCACGCAGCGGCCUUCUCAGGAAGCCAGGUCAUCCUUAGCAGGCUGCUGGACGCAGGCGGGGACCUGCGACUCCACGACAAGGAUGGGAGGACGCCGCAAAGCUGGGCUGUGACCGCAGGGAAGGAAAGCAGCGCGCAGAUGCUCGAGUUUAUCCAGCGCUGCACCACUCACAUGCAAGUCGUCCUGCAGAAUCAGUCCUUGGAUUUAUUGAGGAAAGUAGACUCCCCCCGGGCCCUGGUGCACAGCCCCUCCAAGUUCGGUGGGUUUACUCAAGGGGGAGCCGACAGCCCUCUUGGGAGGUUCAUGAAACGUGCGAGCAGCAUGUCGCAAAGCAUCUUCAGUUUCGGCUUUGGGAAGUUUUUUCUCACCAGCAAGAGGCAGCUGGGCUACCUGGCCUCCCUUCCCAUCAUCCCGGACAAGGAAGUGGUUCAGGCGGACGAUGAGCCCACCUUCUCUUUCUCCACAGGGCCCUACAUGAACAUGACCAACCUGAUGUGGGGAGGCAGCCGCGUGACCGUGAAGGAGCUGAACAUGCAGCCUCACCAGCACUGCAGCAAACUGCGCCUCUCUGACCUCCUCUUGGCCGAGCAGGAGUAUAGCAGCCAGCUCCACCACCCUCACCUGCUGCUUCUGAUGGCCGUCUGUCUGUCCAGCGACUUGGAGAAGACGCGUCUGGUGUUCGAGCGGGUGAACUUUGGGUCUCUCUACAGCAUCCUCCACGAGAGGCGGAGGGCUAAGCCACCUCUUAUCCGGCCGUUCUCUUUGCCUCUGUCUCCCAAGGUCUUUCCCUCAUACCGUGGUCUUCCAUUCCCCACCUCCAGGAUGCGAGAGAUCUCCAAAGGAUGGUGGUCUUGCCCCCCUCCCCCAGAGGGGCCACCUGUUCUUCCCCAACCCUGAGCAUCCUCUUCCCUUGUCAGCAGCAAAGACGGAGGGGAGCACAGCGACCUGACCCGGGUGCCUAUCCCUCCCCAGCUGUACAAGUGGUGCGCCCCAGAGGUGAUCUUGGAGAGGACGGCAACUUUCAAGUCGGACGUUUACAGUUUUUGCGCCGUCAUGCAGGAGGCCUUUACAGACACCAUUCCCUGGGAGGGGUUCGACGGUCCGUCCAUCAAAGAUCGCAUCACCUCCGGCCAGUGGUUGGAAGCUGACGCCAGGCUCCCGAAACCUUAUUACGACAUGGUGAAGACGGGCCUGGAAUCCAGGCCCAAGCAGCGCACGAUGAACCUGCAAGAUAUUCGCUACGUUCUAAAGAACGACUUGAAAGAGUUACUAGAAUCUCGCAAACACCGUCCCGGCCAAGAACCAGAGUCUCCCAAGCCUGAAAUUCACUCCAAUAUCAACAUCUGCUUGCCUUCUGCCUCGGCUUUCGAAGUGAAGAAGCCAAGAUUGCAAGACGAAAAGGCUCACAUUGCCAGAAGUUUCACCGUGACCAGAUGCGCUGCUUCCUCGCCGGAGAUCAAACCUGUUGUCGUCCAGGUGUCAGAGCCAGUUCUCUGCACGGCGCAAUCCGGCCCUUUCUUCGAGAGUCAUUUGAGUGACCUCGUCCAGGUCUCCGAGCCAGUUCUCCGCACGGCGCACUCCAGGCCGUUCUUCGAGGGGCAUUUGAAAGACGCGGAAGAGGACAGCAACGCCAACCUGAGCUUGUCCAGCGUGCAAAUCAACGAGAUAUACACUUGUUACCCAGAGCUGGGCGACGAGACGGAGGGGGACGAGAUGUCGAGAACCGAGCAGGACCCCGAUUCUCGACAAGAAUCAACGAGUUCUACCGGCGAUAUGACCGACCUCUCUUCCCCUCAGCUGGCCGAGAUCCGGGAUCGCGAGAGGAGCCUAUCCUCGGACGAGGACCCAAACGUCGCCUCGGUGAUGAACGAGGUGCUCCAGAGCACCCGCGGCAAAAACGGGAACGUCCGGUCCCAGUUUGAGCACCAAUUCGGCAAGUGCGUUCUCGAUCUCAAAAUUUGCCAGACUUUGCUCCAGCAAGCGACGGAUUCCCUCUGCCGCACCGAAACCAAACUGGGUGCACUGGAGAGUUUCGACAAACCUCGGCAGCUCUUUUGGGGCACCCAGGCAAAGGAGCAACUCCCCGUCGGGAUUCCCGCCCAGGGUUGCCAUGAGAAGCUGGAGAACAUCUUGAGAAAUAUUCAGCCUCCCUUAAAUGGCGACUGCGCCCUGCAGUGGAAGACGGCGGCUCCUCCGACAGAGGGCUACGUGCCACCACCGUUCCGGGUUCCGGGAGCCUACAGAUCCCUGGUGGUCCAGUCUUACCAAGUGGCUGAAAACAGGCCCAAGAAUGCCAACCAAAGCCAGGAUACCACCUACUGGAGCGAUUUUGGACCGGAAACACCCAGAAGUCCCCUAAAUCCGAAAGGAACAGAGCCAAACUAUCAGCUCUUAUCCCCAGGGGUGACCUUCAGGAGGAAGAAGAGCUGCCAGCUGCGCCGAGGAAGCUCCAUGUUGGAUGGGAUCAAAGCAUCAGACGGCACAGGAGAAAUUAGGGAUGUAGAGGGCAGAGGAAAAGCGCAGCAUCCGGUGUACGUUGCGCCUACCAAGAAAUCGGAGCCGCUGGAAGAGGUGAUCCACUCGCCAUCUUCGUCCCUUAACGUGUCGGAAGAGUUUUUAACUCCGGACCCCGACUAUUUGAGCAGUUCUGCUCCUCACGAGCCUUCAGAAUUGGAAUAUUCAACGGCCGAGGAAGAGGAGGAAGGCAAUAUUCUAGGAAGAACAGAAGAAAUUUCUGGGCAGAAGGAAAAGUUGAAAAAACCUCCAGGAAUCUGGGCUCAGAAAGAACAUCCCAUCAAUUCAGGGCAGAGACGAGAGUGUUCCUUUGGGACAGGUACGCAAUAUAUCCAUGACAACCUGCCAAGGAGAGAUCUAUUUACUUCUGUAAACGGAUCCCUUGGAGAUAUUCAAGAAAUAUCUAGCAUCAUCUGCAAGGAUCCGUCGAAGACGUCAGCUGUGAAAACUCCCAGAAAUUCUAAUUCCCCCAUUAAGACCAGCACCCCGCUCAGCCCCGUGGAUCCACCACCAAAAUUUUCCUCCACCGUCACAAAAUACAAGGAUUAUUGUGUGAUGACCAUAGAUACGUCCUGUUGGGCUACGCACGACGUCUCCUUGUUGGGAGUCACUACGUUUCCUGCACCCUGUGCCACAGGGGUGAGGAUAGAAGAGCUACCUGCCAUCCCACCUCCAUCAGCUGGGUUUGUGCAACCUGUGAUUGACCUCAACCCACCUACGGGACUUCAGGCCAAUUACGAGGUGACAGUGAAUUGUAGCACUGCCUUAGAUGGCCACCGCUGGGUUGUAGAUCAGUGCCUGGCCGGCCUGGGCCAGGCCAAGGCACCAUGGGCCAGUCCUUCGCUGUUUCCAGGGCGGUUCCACGGGGCAAAUCUAACCACAUUGCGGACCGGAUCCGCCCCCUCAGGCUUUGAGACUAAAACAAAAAUGCACCACAACGUGUUUGUACAUGGACUACUGCUCCUUGUUUUGUCAGAUCCCGAUCCACUGGAUUCCCAAAAACCAGGGAAGCCGGAAGAAAAGGAAGCGCCCAAUGCGAACAAAACCAAUGAGAGCCUCUGGUUGAAGGAGGGCGUCUGUCUGGGAGAAGAUACAGAAAGAGCUAACUCAAGCCUUGACAAAGUGUUGGAGUUUCUUUGCCCAACUGCCGACAGCCAUGACAUCAAUAAGGGCCUGCCAGAUGCCACCCAGAGGGGGCAGCUGAGCUGUGCCCACCACGGGAACAUUGAGAUGAAAGGGGGAGCCGAAGAAAGUUUCAGCGAGUCCGAAGGUUCCAUCGAAAACAUCGAAGGGCUUUCUUGAGACCCAAAAGAUUAAAACGGACACUCGGCUGGCUAAAUCGCGUGACUCCCGUUUCUUCCCUUUAUUAUAUUUCCCCUCUGUGUGUGGUUGGAAACUGUUUUGAAAAGGGAGAAGGAGGCAGGAUUCCUUCCAAUGGCACUCA